CGCUAGAUUAGCACUGGAAGAAGUAGCGGGAAGCUCAUCGUUAAGGAUCGCAUAUUUCAGAACACUCUGCAGCAACGGGAUCAAAGUUAUCGUCUUGAUAUUUUUCGCUGUCUGCCCAAGCAUAUCACAUUGGAAUGCAUCAAUCUCCCCUCUACCUGCAUAUAUUAAGUCCUCCAACCGCGAGUUCACCUUUGCGUAUCCCUGUUUAUUUACUGUUUCAAAUUGAUACCCGCGUCGCGAACCCAAGCCCCAAAUCAUUUGGCCAUCGAGUACACUCGAAGAUCCUCCUUCGUUCAUGCCCUCUAGAGAGCCUAUUGUCAAAGCAGCAACCUCAUCCCAAGGAUGUGUCAUUUCGUACGCCCCAUCCUCGUCCACAUUAUUACAGUAAUUGACCGCAUCAUUGAUUUGUGCGAUCAGAUGGAGGUACAGAACAAGAAAUGAACUAGCUUCAGUGAUGACCGCCGAUCGCUGUUCAAUAGACUUGGUGCUGUCCCAUUUACCGAUGCCAUCGAAGGUGUUUUGAAUUAAGACGUCGGCAUACUUAGGGUCGUUGUGAUAAGAGAUGAAGGCAGAAUAAUAAGGUUCUGCGUUUCGGCGAGAUGUUGAAAUUGCAAAUUCAGACAACGAGUAAAACUCAUAAGGGUCAUUUUCGCUGUCACGUUGCCGAGGGGAGUUUCGGCCGUACAGGUACCAAAGCUUUGCAAAUCUGAAAGAUCCCAUUGACGUCAAUAUUCUUAUCUGCAAGACAUCCAAAUCAAUUCUAGCAAUCUUCACACGCAUUACAAAGACCAUUAGAAUCGAAGCGACGAACUGUGAAGUUAGUGCAAGUUCAGAGGUUGAUAUUCUUUAUCGACAAAAAAAAGCAGAACAGAAUGUAAUCUCUUACUGGUUGGGCAUCUGUACUCGGUUUAUAUAACGCCAUUGGUGCAUUAUCACGGGGUGCCAAACAUUCAGGCAACUUGAAGCCAUAAUCUUUCACAACUGUUCCAAUAUCACUGCAAGUAAUUCCAAAGCAAGAAAAGAUAUCUAGAAGAUCCUCGAGUAUCACGUUUGUCCUCUGAAAAUUGGGUUCCCCUUCCAAAAGCUCCUCUUUCAAACGAUCGUAAACGCUUGGCCGACAUUGUGAUACUUGAGGUAUGAUCGCGGUGGCAUGUAGUUCAGUUGCCACAGCAUCUUGUUCCAAGAUUGAGAUAAUCAGCAUUUGCAUCAACGGGAUAUACAUUUGAGUAUGGAUUCUUUUGAUGACCGACCAAAAUUGUUUUGGUGAGUCGGGGUUGUAUUUAGUACAUACACCUGGUACGCUGAAGAUGCUUGCUCCUUCUUGAUAUAAUAAUUUCAAGUUUUUGUUCACUGGUGCUUCUGCGAGGGCCGUCUCUACGUACGUAUCACUGUUCGUACCCUCUGCGGAGACGAACAAUCGAUCCGCACGUUCAGCCAAAGCGUACAAGCUAUACCCUUCACUGGAUCCAUGGGUUUGUCCCGAACCAAUCCAUAGCGCUAUGAAUUCAUCAAGUCCACCACCAGCAACAUCAAAUUGUGAUGGAUUGUCCGCCUCUGUCUUCUUCUCACAAGUGCUCAUCCCCUUGUACAAAAUGUCGCCCGCAUACAUCCAAACGUUCAGAAUCAUAGCCGCCAUCGACGCAGUCGACCUUCCAUUUUGAAUAGCGCUCCGGACAUAGCUAUCGGCGUAAGCUGCAUUCCCCGAAAGUUCACUCAGAUUUAUUGACCGUCCUCCUAGACCAUAAAGUUGAAAUAGAAAGAGAGGAGUGGCUUCUAAGAUAGGCUCGUUUGCCAAUUCUGAACUGAGUUCUGUCAACUUUCGUCCCGAAUUCCGCCCACUGAUAUAAAUAGUUAAAGCAUCGUCGUGAUUUCCUCCAGAAAUGGAUUGAUCGAUAUCCCGAACAUCCAAACUUAGAUCGGCGAGAUAUUUUACAUCGGAACGCGUUACAACUCCACCACCUAGGUCUAUUCCAUCUGUUCCCUCAGCUGCGACUCGAGAGACGAAUAGAGUCGCAAUGAGUGGUAUUAUAUGAUUAAUCUUCAUCACUUUGUGAAGAUGAUGAAUGGUUCCUUGGUUCUUCCUUGUUGGCGCUCUAUCUUUGGGUCGUUGUCAAUUCCCUCUGUGUCACACUUGUUAACUCUGUCCUCCUAUGCACUUUCUUGGGAAAAAUCGUUGAGAAACUUCCCGUAACGGUACGAUCUUCGAGUUUCUCAGGUCGAAUUAUGAGAAAUUGGUUCUUGCUCGUCCUUUCUACAAGUAUUUACGUACCUACUAACUAGGGGGCGGCUACGUACCGGUACCGUAUGGUAUGCAUUCCUGUAGGAGCAGAACGGACCGGCUUGGGUUACUGCAAGACCGCCCUUGUGCUUUAAGUACGUACAGAAGUUUUCAUCGCGACUCGGAGUCUUGUUUUGGCGAUGUCACAUUUAGUAGAACAACGGUACGUACAGGUACUGUGCUGAACUUGCUUGAGCGUCAAAUUAGGACGCAUAGUAUCACAUACCGUAGAAUCCUGUUUCUACAAAGAAAUACCGUUUCUUCUAAACAGCAUCAACAAUACAGUAGAAAAUACUUCUAAUGACUUCGGUACCAGUAUGAUUUUUUUUGCUUCAUGACUACAGUACCUCCUGUACCAAUUUUUGAUGAUGACCGCUGAAAGAAAAAAGACCAGACAAGAAGGCAGUUCAUAAGUGUACGGUAGAGGAAUCUUACAAGGUACUUCCUUUAUUAGGUGCCCGUAGCGUGGCCUUGCACAACAAAACUGAUUUUCUGCCUGAUGUUUUGGCUAGCAAAAAAAUGAGAAGAAGGAUUGACGUGAUGUUCCUUCCGGGAGUGUGCAAUUCCAGAGGUUCGCUAUAUAAAUAGUCAUCCUCGUGUGAAAAGUGAAAAGCCUCUAAAACCUCUUCAACUCGUAGAUUUCUUGGCACUGUAGUACCAGUACAAGCGGGUACGGUACCGCACUUCAACAAAAACACGAGUAAGAAAUUUACUGGACGUACGUACUGGAAUACUGACACUACUGUAUGGGAGAAGACGGAACUCAUCCCCCUCACCUUACAGUACUUUUUUAUCAUUGUUUGUACGGUAGAGUUUCUGAACAAUGAUGACUUCGUUCUUACAUUGUUCGUGUUAGAUUUUCGGUCGACGAAACUCAAAAUAGAACAAAAGAUAUAAAAACUCCUACACCCACUCCAAGUUGCAAUAAAUCAUCGGAAUCCAAAAAUGAGCGCUACCGAUCAUCUUGUGAGAAAAGAAAAGACGCAAGCCAAACUUUACGAUGUAGAAUCGAUGAUGGAAAUGAAAGGAAGCGAGGCGAAUGGCUAUGUAAUUUUAUUGAAGGGAAGCCCGCCAUCCCCAGAGAGCAGCUCUAAGAAGAAAGCCAAGAAGAAGAAAGAUGAUAACUUGCCCCUUGCCUUCAUGUCACUGACAUCAGGCAAUGUCAUCGAUGCAUGUUUUGGUGUUGUUAAUCCUAGUCGAAAUGGCGACACACCCGCACGUCGCAGUGCACGAGACGCCAAAGCUUUGCUUGACGAAUGUGAUGUAACCGAUGCCUUCCGUCAAACGGCCGUAAAUGCUUACCGUGAAGGAUUUGAGGCAGUCAUCCGCUACGAGAAAGAAAUGGGUAAACUGAACUGUAUCACUAGAUGCUUUCGCUCAAGCAGUAUUCGGCGCAAAGCCGAAGAAGAUAUUCAUAAAGCCUUCGCUUCUCUCGUAACGGCUGUAGGAGAAUCGAAGCCAGAGUAGGCAAUUAUGGUAGCUCCAUCUCUUUCCCUUUUUUCAUGCCCUACUAUACUUCCCCAGUCGGAAUUAUAUGGAAUUGAAUGUAUCAGCCCUUGUUGCUACCUAGCAAUCAUAGAAUGCUUUUUGUGUCUAUCGUGUGACACUUUUCCGAACAAACUGGUAUGAUCUGACAUACCUUCCCUCGUUGAAUUUACGCCAAAAGAAACAAUAAAAAUAAGCGUCAUUA